CAAUACAGAACUACAAUAAGUACACGCCUACUGUACCUGGAACGCCUUGGGGGUGUCACUUCCUGUCAAAAGCAAGCCACACAGUCGAGUGAGAGCCCCAUUUACAGCCCUGUUCAUGUGCUGUCAAAUAGGAUAUUCAGAUAGGAUAAUCAGUGCUUCCCUGUUUCAACAACAUGAUCCAAACGCUGUGGUUCCUCUUUCUUCUGACUGUGGUUCAAUGUUUGAAUCAGGAGGAAAUCGUUACAGAAGGGAAGUCUGUAACUGUUAAGUGUUUUUCAACCAAGUCAUCCUUAGACAGUGGCGUAUACUGGUUUCAACAGACAGAAGGGGGGGAUGCAAAAUUUUUGGUUUUCAUUUCCAGUAUUGGAGCAGAAAGAAAUAAAAAAGAUGACCGUUUCAAAUCCUCAAGAAGUGGGCGGGGUUACAUUUUAACAUUCACGUUCAAAAAGGAAGAUGCUGGGAUAUACUACUGUUUCCAGGUAUCCAAUAGUAACAUGGAAUUCGGAACCAGCACAAAGAUUUCAGUGAAAAAAGCACCACAGCCUGCUACAAAAGCGCCUGCCAAUGCAACAACCCAACCUGCCACUGCGAAAAACCCGCCGUGUACCUGUCCAGCGAGAGGUAAACCGAGAGAUACCAGACUGACCUGCGAUGUGUUUAUCUGGGCUCCUCUGUCUGGCGCAGCCGGUUUGCUCCUGGUAAUCCUGGUCAUCACCAUCAUCAUGUGCAGCAAAGUCAGGACGAGGCGAUGCCCUCAUCACUACAAGAAAAGACCACUGAAGGAUAGGAGUGGAAGACCCUCGGUACCAGACAGAUAUGUUUAACACUGAGAUCCAGCAUUGGCACAGAGAUCACUGGAUUUACUGAGUUUGUGAAAGCGAUAAUGCUGAGAAGUUCUUUGUACAUUUUGCAUGCUCUCGUCUAGAUACGCUUCUUUUAUAAGCAUGAAUACUAUUCGCUCAAAAUGUUUUGGUAUUCACUUCUGUGUGCAUGGAAAAACACACAUUGGUAAGAUUUUAUAAUGUAAAUUAAUUUAAAUUAAUAAAAUAGUUUUCAGAUGAGGGCUUCGUUAGAGCUGUAUAGAUAUACUACUGCUGUAAAUGACACAUAUUGGCUUGAAAUUGAUCAAAUGUACAGUGCAUUUUCACCAGGAAAGGAAAGUAAUAGAUUUCUUGACUGAUACAAUUAACAAACAGUGCUACAGUGCGUGCAUGAUGUACCUUCAUUGAUAUUGAGUUCAUAACUAGCAAACAAUUAUAUAGGUACCUUGAUGUAAAUACUCUGAAACAGCCACACAAACAUAGUAAUGCAAAUAUUUUCAUGGAUGUGUUGUAAGGCUACAGCUUUCUUUUAUAAUUAAUUUGUAUGUAACAAUACCAUGCUCCAGUCCAGUGUUGUAUAGUGUGUAUUAUAUUGCAAACGCAUCAUCUUUUAACAUUGUGUACAUGUGCAUAUACUCUGCUUGUUAAUGUGUACAAUUACUAAUGCUGAAAAUAAACACAUACUUUACUAAGAACAAAGACUUGUUAAAUACCACAAUAUAGGCCAUACUUGUUACAAUGCAUUGUUUUGUAGCCCUAUAUUCAGUGCUUUGCAGAGAUCACUCAAACGCCUGAAUUACAGGUGCCCCGUCCCACUCAUCUUUCUCAACAGCUCACACCUGCCCCCGUGUGUGGAGGUGCAUUGCAAUUACAUCAUCAUUCUACCAAACACAGCUCUUUCAUAAAUGUAUUACAGUACCACAGUACUACUGCUGUAUUUUAUAGAAGCAGAAACUUCACAGCCCUACUACAUAGUAAACACUUUGAAUGUAUAUUACUGCAGUUAGACUGCGUCACAAACACUGCACAUUAUAUUGUAGCGUGCUCCAGGGAAGGCAGUAGCAGGGCUGGUAGGUGACAUAAUCACGCACAAAGACAUAAGCCCGAUAUACUGCUGUACAAAAGAGCCGGCUCCUUUGCAAGGAGCGUAUAUCGGGCUCAUGUCUUCGUGUGUGAUUACGUCACAUACCAGCCCUGCAGCUGCCUUCCCCCGUGCACACUACAAUAUUUUAGUUCAUUGCAGUAAUAAAGAUUUUGUAAGUUAUAAUUUUGUAGUUCAUAUUUUCUGUCAUAUUGUUAAGCUGCCCUUUGUACCACAGUUUACCAAGGUUUACCAUGCUUUUUGCAAUGCUCUUUACCGUUCCUCGCUUAUUCUUUACAAUGCUUCCCGACUGUAUGCUUUAACUUUAUUACACAUUGCUGUGCUUUUACUAUGAGUAACUUUUACUCACACUUACUGAUCUAUUGACACUGGCUGAUGCUACCUAAAAAAACUUUCCAAACACCCGUCACAUACGAUACAACAGCUUCAUGUUGGUUUACAUCAAAGCUUUGAAACUGGACCACAGUGUGAAGAAAGCAAGCAAAUAAAGCCUACACUCUUAAACUAUUGAAACAUUUCAAGAGCUCCUGUGUGCAAGCUCAGUUGUUUCCUAGCUCUGUAACAUUAAGGGAACACUGUUUU